AAAAGGUCCCUUUUUCUCCAUUUCUCUUGAUUUUUUGGUCCUUUCCAAUUAAGAAGAGCGAGCUCAUUCAGAUUUGAGAUUUCUGAUUUUAUUUCGGUUUUCUUUUAUUUUUUUUUAUAUUAAUCAGACUAUUUUGAUUUUUUGCGGCCUUGAAAAAGCUGAUCCUACAACAGCUCUCUCAGAGUCUGUCAGUCUAUAUAAACCUCCCUAUCCACAUCAAUAUCUGUACUCGAGAACACAAAAUACUUAUUUCAUAUCGUUGUGGUUGUAGAGUGAUUUUAGUGGGUAAUAGAAACAUGGGAGAGGAAGGUGUGGUAGUGGUUAGAGAAUUUGAUCCAAACAAAGAUGGAUUAGGCGUUGAAGAUGUGGAGAGAAAGUGCGAGGUCGGUCCCAGCGGCAAACUCUCUAUCUUCACCGACCUAUUAGGUGACCCAAUCUGCAGGGUCCGCAACUCUCCUGCUUUUCUCAUGUUGGUGGCGGUGAUGGGUGAUGAUGAGAUAGUCGGCAUGGUGAGAGGUUGCAUCAAAACCGUUACGUGCGGCAAGAAACACAUCAGGAGUAGUAGUAGUGAGAAAAACCAUGAGAACAAGAACAACGAUCACACCAAAACCCUGCCGAUUUACACUAAAGUCGCUUACAUCUUGGGCCUGCGCGUUUCUCCUUCUCACAGGAGGAUGGGAAUAGCGAUAAAGCUGGUGCGUGAAAUGGAGGAGUGGUUUAGAGUAAAUGGGGUUGAAUAUUCCUACUUCGCAACGGAAAACGACAAUCACGCUUCCGUUAAGCUUUUCACCGACAAAUUCGGCUACUCCAAGUUCCGUACUCCAUCAAUCCUCGUCAACCCGGUCUUUGCUCACAGACUCAGUAUCUCUGACCGAGUUACCAUUGUCCAACUCAGCCCCUCCGACUCGGAGAAGCUCUACCGCCGUCGAUUCUCCACCACAGAGUUUUUCCCUCGCGACAUUGACUCGGUCCUCAACAACAAACUCAACCUCGGCACUUUCUUGGCCGUGCCACGUGGUAGUUAUGAUUCAGAGUCUUGGCCAGGGUCGGACCGUUUUUUGUCCGACCCGCCUGAGUCUUGGGCUGUACUCAGUGUGUGGAACUGUAAGGACAUGUGGACACUGGAGGUUCGUGGCGCGUCGCUUGUGAAGCGCUCUCUUGCUAAAACGACAAGGGUGUUAGACCGCGCUCUGCCGUUUCUGGGACUGCCAUCAGUGCCGGAGGUGUUCAGGCCGUUUGGGCUGCAUUUUUUGUACGGGUUAGGAGGUGAAGGCCCACGCGCAGCGAAAAUGGUAAAAGGGCUUUGUUGCCACGCGCAUAACCUGGCUAAAGAACGUGGCUGCGGGGUAGUGGCUACGGAAGUUGCAUGCCGAGAGCCGCUUAGGUCAGGUGUUCCGCACUGGAAGAUGCUAUCGUGCGCGGAGGACUUGUGGUGCAUUAAGAGGCUGGGUGAGGACUACAGUGACGGGUCUGUGGGUGACUGGACAAAAUCACCUCCUGCCAUGUCCAUUUUUGUCGACCCCAGAGAAUUCUAGUGUUUUUUUUUUUUUUUUGGGGAAAGGGGUGGAGAAGAAAACAUAUGCCAACAAACCCUUCUGCCUUUCGUCAAUUUUUAGUCUCUGAAUUUAUUUUCGGAUUUAGUCUAGUUUUUUUUUUUUUUUUUAAAUAUAAAUUUUGUGGGGGCUCUGUUUGGUAUGGUUUUUAGAAUUUGAGACUUUUUGAAAAUGGAAAAGAAGAUGGAUGAGAAGAUAUGGGUAUGUUUGUGAAAGGAGAAUAUUGUUCAAACUUUUGUAAA